AUGAUCGCCCAAUACGAUAUCGUGCCAGGGGAUAGGGUGGGCAUCUUCCAGCUCGGCGAUAGCCUGUGGUAUGUCCUGGACCUACUCAGGACGCACAAGAACGAAUACCCCAAGUAUGAUCUCUCUUGGGACUCUGAGAACCCUCACAAGUCUGCCAUCAUUAUUCACCUACCAUCUCUGACCUUGUACUUUCCUGCACCCCUUCAGCGACUGGCUCUCAUAUCAUUCCCGUCCUUAUCAGCGUCCACAUUGACAUUGACGUAUGAGACGCAAGUCCUGGCCUCUCCAGGGCAGCCGUUGACGCGUGCCAAGGUCGGCAGAAUAUUGGGACCUACGCUAGUCAAUGAGGGUAAAGAUCUGGUCUUUCCUGGGGUCAAGUUUGAGAUGAGCGCGACUUCGACCAGUGGGUCCGGGAGGGACGAUGCGGCGGACAAACUGGUGGUGUCUGCUAAAGAUGUAGAGUUAACCCUUCCUGGACAGUUGAUGUCGUGCGUGAUUGAGCCAAAGAAGGGAAUCGUCCUCCACUUCUCUGGUAUAGACCCCUUGGAAAUAUGGAUCGGGAAGACCACCGCACAGGAUCUGUUGCUAGAUCUGGGACCACCACUGAGAAAGUUCUGGAAAGAGGACGAUCGGUUGGAAAAGAUGUGGGGUGGCGAGAGCGAACCAGGUGGUUGCUUCUGGAACUACUUUCAGCAUGGACUGGAUUUUCUCGUCUCUCCUGAUUAUGUGGUCACCAAGAUCCUAUGCUACUCCAACAUUCCCGGCACGCCGCUCUUCCAAAGAUACUCCCACUGCCCCUGGGUAUUGUCAGCUCCUUCUGGUGAUCUCGACCAAACAUCGCCUCUUCGAUCAUUCUCAUCCCAGCUCUCUCCAAAGCGGUCCCAGUAUGAUGACGUACAGAGUGAAGAGGAGGGCGUCAAGGACGAAGAGAGUGUUAGUGGAGACUCUGGCCGAGUAGCAGGCAAGGCGCCCGCAGAUUACAGCCCCAAAGGGGCAGGAAAGCCGCCGGCAAUGGCUCUUGAUAGGGCUGUGGAAGGCGGACUAGAGGGCGUGAUCAAUGUAGGCGAGAGUAGACUCGUAGGAUUCGAAGGUCUCAUCAUUGAAGAGGACCAGGCAAGCGGGGGUAUCUGCUCGGUACUCGUCUGGAAAGACGAAUAG